AUGUUUAUUGACGAAAAGGAUACCUCGACUGCGAUACCGGAAAUCACAAACGACACAUCGGCGAGCCUGCCACCGCUCGCUGAGCUAGCAGCGUCACCCGACGCCGCCGCCGGGCUGUACAUCCACUCGAGAACGGGGGAGACGGUGCAGGUGAAGAUCCCGCGGGAUUGCAUCGCCUUCCAGACAGGAGAAGCCCUCGAGCGCAUCACGGGCGGUAGGUUCAAGGCGGUGCCGCACUUCGUGAGGGGCGUCAGGGCGUCGGUGAGUGACGGCCGGGUGGCGCGCAACACGCUGGCCGUCUUCACUCAACCGAACCUCGGCGAAGAGGUCGAUAUUGAGCAGCACAUAACGUUUGGCGAGUUCGCGCGGGGCAUCGUCGCUAAGAACACGGUUGCAUAG